AUGAAUGCAGACGACGGUUCAAGUGCUCCGGAACUACGGCAGAGAUUGUUUGAGGCACUGCAUAGUACAGGGAUUGCCGAUAAAAUAAAGGCUAAUAUUCGAUCAAAUCUCAUCGAACAAUUACGGCAACGUUCACAAUUACCACCUCAACACGACAAGAAGGACAAUGAGAGUGGUGGCAGUGGGAGUUUACUAUUGCGAGCAGCAGAUAGUAUUGUAUUGGAGUAUCUGAAUUCACGAGGAUUUGACUUCACAAUGUCGGUGUUUAUACCAGAGUGUGGGUUGGCUGUUUCUACUCAGGUCCUAACCGAGCGUGAAAUAUGGAAACUACUACAUCUUGAACGUCCUGUUGGAACCAUGGCUGAACUGAAACGAACAAUCGCAGACGACAACGACGCAACACCCCUCCUCGUCCGAAUUCUCGACGGCAUGGCACAUCUAGGAGACCUGCUGAUUUCGAAUCGUGAAGUGCAGACUGAUCCUAGUCCUGUCGAAUUCUUUGACUUGACGGCAAGAAACGCAGACCGUGAAUACGCCAAACGAAUAAAUGCAACACAUCCGCAUGCUCUGGUGCUUGAAGAGAGGAUGCUUAGAUAUCAGCAGGAGGUUGAUGUGAGGAUGAAGGGGGAGCUUGAUGAGCAGUUACGACGAUUCAAAGAGACGGAAAUAGUGCAUGUCCGCGUCGAGGAACGAAGAAGAUACCAAGAAGAUUUAAACCAACACCGCUCUGAAUUCGAAAAGAUUGAUAUGGAAAGACGUGCCAAGACAUUGGAGUGGGAGCAGCAGGAGCGUGCGAGGCUUGAAGAGCGUGAAAAGGAAUUCGAACGUCAAAACAUGGACCUCCGCCAACGCCUACUCGCAGAAUCCAACCGUGUAGUACUAGCUGAAGCAGCCCAUCGCAACGAAGCACAAUUGCUAGCUCGAGAACUGCAGACUGAGAAGGACGCACUACAAAGACGACAUGAAGAAGCACUUACUCAAAUUGUGGAGUUGCAAAAGUUUAAAGAUCGUUAUGCGGAGAAGAUGCAGGACGCUAUUGCGCAGCAUAAGAUUGACUUGAACCGAGAGCACGCUACCAUACUCUCGAAUGUUGAAGUUGAGAAGACCAAACUUGAAGCUGAACGAGCCCUCCUCUCUGAGCGAGCCCGACAAGUCGAGCAAGCAGCACAACAAGUUUCAAACGUACAAUCUGAAGUUGAGGAACUUCAGGCUUCGUUACGAGCUGCUAGGACUAGAUUGGCUGAAGAGAGGAAGGAGAGGGAGAAUGCUGGUGUGUUGCUGAGAGAGUUACAGAUGCAGGUUCAAAACCAAAAGAGUUCAACUGCUUUAGAGUAUGAGAUACAGAGUCUUAAGAGACAACUACUUGAAUCUGAAAAGACGGCAGAGAAGAGACAAGAAGAAUAUCAAAGCCUCCUCAAAUCACUCAUGGCACCUAAACAUGAACUGGAAACUGAAUUAGCUCGUGCGCGCAAAGCUGAAGGACGAUGGCAGCGUGAAUGUCAGCAGCUGGUGGGGAAGUUGGAUUUGGAGCUGACCCGUAAUGAAGAAAUCCACCGUAAAUAUGAAGACGAGGUGCUGCGUGUCAAGGAACUUCAGAGGGAGGUUGCUGAUUUAAGGUUGUUGUUGCAUCAAGCCCAGUCAGCUUUAACGAAUGAAGUUGGUCUACGUGGACGUGGAGAUCAAGAUCUAUUGAUGGGUGCUGAAGAGUACCACAUAGACAUACCACGGCAAGACACUACACGUCCCCAAUCCCGAAACUUUCGCCUCCCAGAUCCACUCCGAUACCUCUACUCGCCAUCCCCCAAACCCAAUACUAGCACAAACUCACCACAACUAUACCAGCCACUCACACUCCCUGAAAUGGGACGAAAUCUUGAUUUCCAGGACUUGUUGUUUAAACCCACACCACAAGUAUACGAGAAUACGGCAGUUGAGGCAUCGAGACCAUCAAGCACGAUACCAUUCCAGGAUGUGAUUGAUAAGCCAAUGAUUGCUGCUGUGGUGAGAGCCAGUUUGCAUCAGGCUUCGUCGGUGGUGAAGUCAGAGUCGGCCGAGUCGUAUGUGCAAGUUCAGAAUGUGGUGGAUGAUGUUGGGGAAAGGGUCGUGAAGGAGACUGAGAUGCCGAAAAAGCAUGACAAUACAGAUGAAGUUUCUGAUCCGCUCAUGAGGAAGUAUAUAGCUAUUGUCAAGGAGAGGAGGGAGAGAGAAAGGGUGGAAGGCUCCGAGGGUAAGAAGGACGUACCGCCAUCACAACUACAACAACCACUAGUGGCAAGCAUGAAGCCGUCCAGUAUUGGUAUACCGAGAGUAAACAGUUAUCGAUCUGAGAAUCCGUCUUCAAUGACGAGUGAUUCUGAAGAGGAGAGUGCUGGUGGAGGUGUUGCUUUCGCGGCUGGUGCAACUAACGACUCUGAAAUCAGUGGACCGUCAUACGAUUCAACUGAGAGCCGUGAUAAUGCCUGGUAA